UCUCUUCUUUUUCUUGUAUCGUAGUAAACCCACACUGCCACACAGCUCAUUCAUAGGGAAACAAAUAAAUAAAUAAAUAAAUUUUGUCUUUCAUUUCUCUUUUAGGAGUGCAAGUAAAGCGAAAAAACAUCGAGUUUAGUAUGAAGAAGGAUGGCUCCUCCCCUGCGGCUGCUGCUGCAAGUUCGCUGGCGAUCAUGGAGAAGAAGAAGAAGAAGCAGCAGCAGCAGCAGCAGCAGCAGCCGGCCGCCGGCUGCAUCGCAGUCUUCCUCGACCUCUUCGCCAAGAAGCGCAAAUUCUUCCCCCGCAAACUCCUCCCCCCUCCUCCUCCCCUCUCGGCGAAAAACUCUGGUGGCGGCGAGAAGCUUCCUGCACCCAAGAUGCUCUUGAUCAAGCACGAUGAGAACUCGGGAAUGGUGGGGAAGGAUGAGGCCGGCGGCGGAAUGCGCGCGCCGGGGGUGGUGGCCAGGCUGAUGGGCCUCGACGCCGUGCCGGCGCCGGCGGUCAAUCGUCAGGCAGCGGAGCCCUCGCGAGAAUUGCGGCCUCGGAAGAUGCAGAAGAGGGGCCAGUUGUUAGAGAGUUGGUUGGGCCGGAAUGAGGCGGCAGCAGCAGCGGCAGUGGCGGCGUCGAGGAGGAGGAGCCAGUGCACGCUUGCGUCGCCCGUGAAGUCCCCGAGAUCGCCGAUUUCUGGGGGGAGGAACAGAGCUAGGCUGAUUGGCGCUGCCGCAAAGAUCCUCGAGCCCGGCCUGAGGCCGAGGGCUCGUCCUCCUCCGCCUUCUCUUGCGCGUCUGGAAUUCAAUGCUGAUGAUGCCUUGCUGGAGGAAUCUGGACCAGCCUCAAAUAAUAAUAGCUCUUUUGCCGGUCGGGUUCGGGGUGGGGCAUUGGAGCCAAGGUCAAGUUGUGAGGGGAAAAGAGAGAGUGAUUGCGAGAAUUUCGCUCUUUCCGAUUUGGGUAAUUCUCGCUCGUCUCGUGACGGUCCUGGAGAUGAUCAUAAGAAGAAGACGCCGGUGAUUGCGAGGGGACUAAAUCGAGCAUCAUCAUCAUCAUCAUCACCAUCACCUCUUCCUGUUCAGUGUAGCGGAAAUGAGCGGGGCUCGUCGCCUAUAUUGAGUAAUCGGAAUAGGACGACCUCACCGGUUGCCCGGGCUGGCAUAGACGUCACCAAGGACAAAAGCAACGUGAAUUCUGCCCUUAAACAGAACAAUAUGAAGCAGAACCAAUUGCCUUUAGCUGCUGGGGAAGUGGCUCGGCCUGGUUCUACGGUGCACGGUCGGCAGAAUAACAUUAGAGAUGGUAUCGCAUUGCAUGAAGCCAGAGGGCUUAGUUCUGCAAAGAAAAAUCUGAAUAUUUCUAAAGCCCCAAUCAUAAAGGCUAGAGGAGUUGACAGAAUGGAUGUAGCCAGGAAAGGGCAGUCGAGUAAUAAUCUCCACUCUGGAAACACCAGUAUAGGAAAACCUAAACUUGGGACGCAACGAAAUGCCGAAAAGGAUUUGAUCAAUGGGAAAGAAACAGAGCAGGUUCGAACAAAGCCGGUUGGUCGAAACCCUGCAAGAAGUGAGUCAAGUGACUCAUGGAAAGAGGCGGAACUUGGUAAUGUUAAUGUCGUUGGGAGCCCGGCUUCGUCUAUUGUUUCCUUUACAUUUAGCUCGCCGAUGAAGCAUGUUGCUGGGUCCCUUAACAGUUCGGAUAUAACAAAGAAAAGAGGGGAAAUGAAGGAAUCUUUACGUUAUGCCGUUUUCAGUACUGAAUUGAUGGACUCAGAUGCUUAUUCUCAAAGUUCUUCCCAUAAAGAAACCACUUUUAGGCAUGACGUUUCUUGUAAUCUUGUUGAGCAGAAAACUAGAGGAGUCGAUUCCUUGGACCGAGGUGAUUUAGAGAAACAAUCUGACUCCAGUGUAAUCGAUCGUCUGAAUCAGGACCAAAAAAAUACAUCUGAUUGGACAGAUAGCCUUAUGAUGGGCAUCAAAAAUAAGUUUCAGGAUGCUGCAAAAGAAAGUACUUCUACUGCACUUCCGGCUAGAGAUAUUGAUCAUCUUAUUGGAGCUUCAUUCAUGGGUGAUGAUAACAACGGUUUUUCUGGGUGCUCAAANCGAAAGCAAACAGGAAUUGGACUUCAAAGGGACCUCAUGGAGCAGAAACGAGCUAAAGAACAAUCCCGGUUCUGCCAGCAGUAUUACAAGAACUCAUGGCUAGUUAGUGACAUCAAGAAGGAAAUUAGAGGCUGGAAUAAUAUGGCUGGCUUAGAUCGUCUGAUUGGUGAGGAUCUUGAUCACUCAAACGAGAUACGGAUGGACUUCUCGAUUGAGUCAUUUCAGGUAGGAAUGCGGAUUGGAGACGACAUACUUCAGCUACUAAUUGAUGAAAUAGCAAUGGAUGUUUAUUAG